CAAAAAAGGCGCUCCUUUUGACGUUGCCCUGCGGCCCGCACUCCCUCCCUUUCUUUCCCCAAACGUCCUCGCCAGAGGUUUCAUUGACGACAAGAACAGCACAAUGCAAGAUAUUGAGCCCCUCCCGAGCAAGCGGCCGAACCUGUCGCCAGAGCCUUCCUCGUCGACUCCCGGUGGGACCUUUGCGCGAACGACCUCGAGCGGCUCCUACAGGGAAGCGUCGGCGGUCUCGCCUGAGCUCCAAUCUCAGCUGGAAUCCAUCGGCAUGCGCACACGCUUCAAUGUCAACAGAGGGUAUGCGCGGCCCUUUUUUCCACUGCAGCAGGUCGAGGUCCAGUCGCAGUCGCAGGCACAGCGCUUCCAGACGGAGCGUGAGGUGUUCCAGGGCGUGCUGGGAACAAAGGAGAAGUGGGGUCGGACAAAAAGUGCUCCGAUGCGGAACUUUGCAUCUUUCCCUGACUCUGCGGGCGAGACGAUAGAUGGCGAGCUGGAUCUGAAGAGGGCGAGGGAGGACGUCUUUGCUGAAUUCAUGGAAGAGGAGGAGGACGAUGACCAAGACAUGACGGAGUCAGCUUCGAGCCACGGUUCGAAACCGAUCAAGUCGCUCCCCCAGCGUGCCCCUGGUUCAGGGACGACAUUCAACACGACAAUGACGCUGCCUGCCUCAUCGGACCUCGCCUCGUACCUCGCCCACGGCCAGGCCCAAGGACGGCCAGAGGAGGCGACGCAGGACGAGAAUUGGCGUUCGGUCGAUUUCUCCUCCUUUGCCAAACAGCACGAUUUCUAGCUUUUUCCAUCUUUACUUUUGGCACAUUCUCCUCACGAGCUACUCGCAUUCAUCAUCUAUAUCUGUUUCAUAUCUCUCAUCUAUACAUCGUCGUCGUUCAAUGCUGCGUAUCCAAGAAUCCGAAAAGAACGAGGGGUGAGCCCUCGGAGAAGAAUUCACGAUGAAGCAAACG